UGAAAACACGACCUUAUUUACCGGCACACACAGCUAAAAUACACAGGAAAAUACAAAAAACUACGUCAGAGGAUUAAAAAUUACGUAAAACUGUUUUUAAUUAGCAGCUAGUGUUAAUCCAUUGAAAAUGUAGUGAGAUAGUGUGAAAUUGGCAUUAUUAUCGAAAGUGCUGUUAAUUCGUAAAUAGCCUGCGCUGCGACGAUGAGACACGACGAUGACGGAACGAAGUGAGCGGAGCAAGAUGAGCAAGGCUCUGAGCGCGUUUAGCGGCGGGGAGGCGUGUGGAGCGCGAUGGACCCUUGGAGCACUCCUCCUAGCUCCCCUUGCCGCUGCCAACUCCAGCUACUGCGCUGUUCCUGCAGUCAUGCUCCUUGCAAUCUUCAUCACUAUUGCCACCUUCACAUGCAAAGACCUCAAAAAGCUAGCGGAGAUACUUCCACCACCAAAAACAUCUAGAGGCCGUCGCGAGCGCAAUUUACGCUCUUUCGCAGAUUUCAUGGCAAUGUGGAUGACUUUCCUCUCUCAUUUGGUGGCUGUCGCAAUCUGUGCUCGUAUUCUGAGCGCCACAGCUGAUCAUGUGACUGGUGGUCGAACUAGAAGAUGGUUGUUUGGUUAUGAAACUCGAGCACUUGGGGAACCCUGGCCUGACGUGCUCGGUGUUACCGUUGUCAUGGUCGUUUGUGCCAUGUUCAUGUGCGGCUUAGAGGAAAGCAUGAUGUUUACCUUCAUGCUUUUAAUCCUUUUAUACAUCUUCAGCCAGUUCUUUGCUAUUUUCGGACUUAUCAACUUCGAUAUAGCAAACAUCAAUAUGCCAAUACCAAUCACCGUGUAUGAAUUGUUCGCAGCUGGUGCACCAAUAUCCUAUGCCUUCAACGUAAUACUCCCGAAAGAAAAAGGUGCCUUAAAGAAAAAUCUUUUCCUCAUGAUCGGACUACCCACCAUAGUUCUCUCAGGAUUAUGUUUCCUCUACACUAAUAUGCUAAAAGGGAACAGCAUCGACGCAGCUCUGCCGGUGACCACACUGCUGGAGGCGAGGGCCGCGGGCUGGGUCUGUCCAGUGCUAGCUGCUGUAACCGUCGCCGGCAUCUGUCUCGCCUUGACCGAGCUCUGUCCGUUACUCUUCACUGUCCUAGUAGCUCUAGCCUCACCCGAAUGGAAGGUGCUUACUAGGUCAAUGACUUACGAGAGUACUACUACCGGCAGUCCAGUUCUAGCGGUAUUUACUGCCGGAAGUUUGGCAGCGAUACUUGCGUUUGCGUGCCCCUUAUCACAUAUGAUCACUCUAAUGAAUGCGAGUCACUUGCUUGGGAUAUCGAUACAAGCCUUACAUUUCAUUGUAAUGAGGUGUGUGCCAACAGCUGAACAGAAAGAGGCUGGAGAUAUUGAAUACAAACGUUUAGGGAGAGAAGCUGCUAGAGGAUCGAAAGCGUCUGGAAGUAAGGCCAAGCGGUCGGGGCUUUGGUUCAUUCCAUCUGCUAUUCGCCACACCAAAACUCUGGAGAGUAUCAAGUCUAAAGUAACUGCUAAAGAAACUGAGGAACGAGAGUGCCUUCUUCUAGAUGAAUAUGCAGGAUGUCCUACAGAAGAGAAUGAUCCAACCAGCAGCAGUAGUGGUGUGCCUAUGGCCACGGCUGAGGUGGACGUGGUAUCUGAUGCUGAAGCCAGUGAGCAGGAGAUGUCUUCGGGUGAUGACUCCACGGAUAUUGAUGCAGUCGUGAAGGAAUAUAGAGAUAGGAUACAAGUGGUAACUUCAGUCCCCGAGUCCAGCACUCCAUCUCCGCCGUGUGUCCGCGGCUCGCGCUGGUCGGCAGCUGGUGCUGGGGUGCAGCUGGUAGCUGAUGCUAUCAUCGCAGUCGCCUUCUGCAACGAAACUAUCAGACUGCCUAUGUUCGCUAUUGGAAUACCACUGUGGCUCACGGGUACCUUCAUAUGCGCAUGGCAACCAGCUCAUAACUUGGGUAUGAGGAAAGCGCAAAGUAUUCAAGGUCCCAUAACUAUGCUGACUGCUCUCCUGUUCCUUACGCCGUUACUCGUCGAUUCUUGGCCAGCUAUCACGCUGUUUGCAGGCGCUGGUGUAGUAAUUUACGCUCGUUGUGAACGUUGGUGCGGAGACCUUGCUGUGCAGCAAGCUCGCAGUGCUAUGGAGAGACGCAAGUUGAGGCCUGUGUCAGCGACGGUCCCUCUUACUGGAGCCCGCCUGACCCAUAUAGACACUGUGUAUAUAGCCAGAUGACAUGAAGAUGACUCGGAUACGAGUCUGGAUAAUCUUUUAGACGCGGAGGAUGAAGACCCUGACGGCGAAUGACAACAGGCUGAGGCUAUUAUCAUCAUCGCCCCAUAAUCAUCAACAUUGUGAUUAUUUGUGAUUUCAGUUCAUAAGGACACAGAUUGAAUCAGCUGGAUCAUCACGUUGAUUCUAUCCAUAUUUGUGCAAUCUUAGAGAAUUUGUCAUUUUGCCGUAAUUCGAAGGAUAGAAAAACUGUUGUUGUGCUACUAUAGGUAUAGCUAGCUAGGUGUUAGAAAACUAUAAAAUUGUGUACCUACCUAACGUUUGCAAGGAUUUGCUAAAUUAAUUGUUACUAAUUGGUACCAAUCUAAAUUUAGUCAGUCAGAAUUGGUUUGGACCAAACUGGCCAUAAAAAAAUAGCAGCAGAGGGGCUGUCAGGAGCUCGUAGGUUUCAUAACAAAAUUUAAUUUGACUAGUUAGGCCGAUCCUGACUAUGAACCUACGUGUAUAAUUUUAAAAAAUCAUGUUUGGGUACUUACCAAGUCAAAAUGAGAGCUUAGGAUUUAAAAAAUGGUUCAAGUCUAUCUAUAUUUGUGGCUCCUAAACGGAGAUCAUGAACAUGUACCCUGAAUAAUCCAGUUCAUGUAAAAAAUAUGUAAGUACUCUAGUGCCUAGAAAAUGUUGAAAUUUGUUCAUGCUAGCUGUUUAUAGCUUUUGGAUAUUUUAAGUCCCACUUAUUAGGGACAUUUGAUCGUACACAGAUUUUUACAACUAAUGCUAGCUUGGUGCGUUUUCUAAAUUGAAUCAUGUAGGUGUGUAAAUAAAAUACGUUUUUAAAUGUCGUAAAAACUUCAUCCGUCCAUCCGCCAUUGCCACGUCGGCACGCUUAGCCUGAUGCAAUUAAUCACGUGUACUUAAUAAAUUAUAAGAAAAAAAACUUGUAUUUUUUCACUUAAAAUUCGUGUUAGAUAAAAAUAAAAUUGUAGAUAAACUGAACAAGUUAAAAGAGAUCUAAAUGUCGCAUUUUAAAAAUAAUAGAAAACUAAUUUGUUGAUAAUAAUAAUAAUACAAUUUGCAGUUAUGAUUAGCUUUGCUUACUAUUGUAAGCAAAUCGGCCUACACGAUGUUAUAAGAAUAGAAAUGAUCGUGAUUAAUUUAGCAAUAAAAAUGCU